ACUCAGCGUGCAAGCCUAGCAGAUUGGGCUCCAGAUCUGCUGGACGCUGACCAGGGGCGAGAAGCAGCCCCAGCAGACAUCACUGCUGCAGGACGAGAGCUGCCGCACAGCGCUGGGAAGAGGAGGCAUCACCGAGGGUUUCUAUCUAGCAGAGACAGCGGGUGUUCAGCUCCAAAAUGUGAAGUCUUCAUCCCUCCUCCACCUCCACCACCUGUGUUUCCUACAGUCAAACGGAGAGCAGGGCUGCUGGUCGAUAUAACAGAACACAUCACAGGAGCGAAAGGGGAAAAGGGCUCCAGAGGACCCAGAGGACCCAAGGGCCAACCUGGUGUACCGGGUCCAGAUGCAGAACCUGGAACACAAGGAGCCAUGGGACAGCCCGGUCAAAAGGGAGAGAAGGGUGACAGAGGCUGGAGGGGCCUGUAUGGAGACAUAGGAACUCCCGGGAUCAUACAGGGCACUAAGGGACGUAAAGGAUCCAGGGGUGAUAAAGGUGUGAGAGGAAACAGAGGACCCGGAGGAGAGAGGGGUGAGCGCGGCAUCGCUGCAGCGCCAGGAGAGAAGGGCGACCCAGGCCAGUGGGGAGAUGCAGGCCAGAUGGGUGAGCAAGGACCCAGAGGAGAGCCUGGAGGCAGAGGAGGCCUGGCGUUGAAGGGAUCUCGUGGAACUCCAGGAAAGCCCGGUCGUCCUGGUCCUGCAGGACUGUCUGGUCGGACUGGAGAGCCUGGUCUACCUGGACAAGUGUACGUCCUAACAGGCCUGCAGGGAGACACAGGAAACCGAGGCCCUUCAGCCAAAUGCAACUGUUCACAGGUUCGAACCCCAGAACGAUUGUUGGACAGAGUCCAGACGAUCUUUGUUGCGGACGGAGAGAAACAGAUGAGGAGGCUGCGGGGGGAGAACGUGAUGGUGCUGCGGACGGACAGAAAAGCUCUGUACAUCUACUCUGACUCUCAAUGGAUCAACGUACUGGAGGACCCCAGACACUGACCCCCAACUCCAUUCAACACAGGCUGACGUGCCCUCGAGCAAGACCCUUAACCCCAACUGCUCCAGCGGCCAGCAGCUCAGACUGUGGUUAUACUGGAAAGCUUCUGGGUGUAAAUGUGGGUAACUUAGUGAGUGUGAUCAGGGUCCUGAAAAUCUACCCAUGUUAAAUAAAGGUUGGCCUGUCCUCUGUACAGAUCCUCUAAGAUGUAUUAUUAUUUAUUGUAAUUACAUAUUUCAGCAUUCCCUCUUAUAUAAUUGAUAUGUGCAUGUGUAUUGUUCCGGUGUUUACAUUUAGGUUUACAUUAUGUUUCAUUUCAGCAAUCCUUAUUCAUAGUGUUUCUCUUUUGUUAAAAUACAUUAACUGUAUUUUUCAUUGUAAUAUUUCCCUAUUUUCAAUAGUUUUAUUUCAUGAAUCUAGAAUGCAUCCAUUAUUCACUUAAUGUAUCGCUGCUGCGGCUGCAGUGAUUCAGCUCCCAUGAAAGAUUAGUAAAAAUUGGAUUACUGUCUCUGGCAUUGAUGAUCUGAUAGCUGUCAUAUUGCAGAUGUUAUUCUUGGCUUUCCUUUUAUUUAGUCUCAAUUUUUUUUCAGGGAUUUAUCAAAUGUUUGUAUGCAAUAGGGAAUCAGGAACCGAACGUAAGGACAAAGAGUCUAAAUACAGUACUUCACUAACAAGUUAAUUUCAAUCAGGAGAGACUUCGUUGCAGAUAUGCAAACAUUUAUUUGUAAGUUACAAGUGCAAAGUAAGAAGGUACAUAAACUUUGAAGAUUAGACUCCAUCGUAACAAAGGUGUAUAUAUAUAUUUUUGAGGUUUAGAAAACCCCAAACAUAUCCCCCAGUCUAGACACUGGUGGUGGCGACGAAAAAAGCCAACAGGGAGCCGUCAGCCGGAAGAAGACCGAGAACACCAUGGUCGAAGAUGCCUGGAGUGGAAGGGGAGGAGGCGGGUCGCACUCUCGUCUGAAAAGACAACUGACAGAAGCAGGGGAGAGAACAGAUUUAAAACAUGGUUGUCAUGCUGUGAUUGGCUUGAAGAUACGUGCCCGAUUCGGAUUGGUUUACAUGAACCUAAUUCCCUCAAACCAGCUGAUCAGUUUAUGAGAAGAGUGUUAACGUUAAUGAAGUCUCCCUGACAGAAUUCACGCUGAGUUACAUUAGUACUUGCCUGAAAAAAGGACGAUUUUUUAUGACAUACUACAAUAUGACUUUUUUUAUGCUCAAAACAUUUCAUGAAAAGUCACAGUAUAGUAUGUCAUUAAAAAGUCAUAGUAUUGUAGCCAUAAAAAGUGGUAAAAAAGCCAUGGUUUAUCUCUGUUCAUCAUUUUCCUGUAAAUAAAUGAACCAUUGUUAAA